AUGGCUCGGGUUCAGACAUUAGAACCGAGGCCCAUGCGGUGCUACCGCUGCUUGCUCUCUGGGCACGUAGCGCAGUGGUGCACCGCCAGUGUGGACACCAGCGGGGGCGUGUUGUGCUUCCGCUGCGGAAAAGCGGGCCAUAAAUCCGCUCAGUGUACCGCGCAGUCGCCAGCUUGCGGUUUCUGCGCCGCGGAGGGUCGAAAAUCCGACCACAGAGUAGGCAGCACAGCAAAGUGCCGUCCACGGAAGGCUCGAGCUCCGGCGCGAGAUAGCCGUUCCAUCGGCUCCGAUAGUGAUCUCCAGGGCGGAGGAUGGCGGGAGACGUCCGAAGCCCAUUGUGUGGUAGGAGAUCCGAGAGUCAUGCGCUGCGUAUUCCCGGCGCAUCACUCAGAGAAGCCCUGUAAAGGGGGCGGCGCUGCUGGUGGUGUGGAUGAUUGCGAAAGCGUACCCAGACCACCGGUGCGAAAGCGCCAAGAGGAAUACCGGGGGGUUUUUAGUGGGUAA